UGUUGUGGGAACCUGAACUCAAAUCCUUGUGCCAUCUCUUCUUCAGUGUUCCUGCAGGUAAUUCAUUCCCUUCUUGCAGUGGUUCUCUUUAGGACCAGAGAGAGAACUUACGUUGGUGCUCAAAAGAGCUCAUUUGGGUUUCCUUACUUCCUCUUUCUAACCAUUUGUUCUUCCUGCUGUUGGGAGAGGAACUGUAAGUGCCAAAAAAGGCAGAAACUGAUCAACGCGGCUAUGAGUCAGUCCCGCCACCCUUCCUGGAACAGAGCAGCAAGUGACUUCUGGAAGUACCUGGAUGGAAAAAGGCAGGUGAAGGCAAGCUCCACCCCCCCCACCAUACCUGGGAAGCUGCCGCUCUCAAACAAUGAAGGAGGGGCAAAGUAACCUGCAACAGAACUCUUAAGAGGAAGACCUGAUACAUUUAGUAAGGGUUUGUCACUAUGAAGCUCCUUAUGUCCAGCACCAUGGUGUCUUCCAUUCUGGAACCCCCUCCAGACCGGCAGGGCCUACUAUAUAAGAAAAGCUCCCGCAGUACCUCCUACCAGCCAUGUUGGUGUGAGCUCCGAGGUAAUCUUCUUUUCUACCGGGAACGAAGUGGGGAUCGUGGUCCAGUUCAGCUCAUUAUCCUGGAAGGCUGCACGGUGGAACUGCAGGAAUCCGCAUCGGAACCAUACACCUUUGAAAUCUCUUAUCCUGGCGGAGUUCCUGGCAGCCGAUCCUACAAGUGGGCAGCUGAGAACCAAGAGACCAUGGAGGGGGGGGUGCGAGCUCUCAGUUCAGCAGGAAUCGGAUACCUCCGGGUCUUGGUUGCUGAUCUGGAAGAGCAGUUUCAGAGGCUGAAGAGACGGCAACGUCCCAAGUUGGAGGGAGAACCAAGAUUCUUAACAGACUCGAAUCAAACUUCAUCAACAACAGUGGUAGAAAUGGAAUCCCCCAUUAUGGACUUUGCUCGGCUCCAUCAGGAAUUUGGGGAGGACAUUUUGAGAGUGAGACGUAUGUGGCAGGAGGAGAGAAGAAGAAAACAGCAACCUGAGGAUGAGAGCUUGAUAAACUUUGAGUAAUCAACACUGGUUGGCUGCAACUAGUGAGUUUUGCGGAAAUUCCGAUCCAAUGUUUGUGGCAAGAGAGGAUCCGUGAAACAUACACACCUCGCCAUCUGUUUC